AUGGCCUGGAGUGCUGCAUUUGGCCGUCUGGCUAUCGCUAAGAAGCAUGACCGAACGCCAGAAGAGCGAGCCUUUGUUCGGAGGCUCGACUUGUUUCUCAUGACCUUUGGCUGUAUUUCUCAAGUCAUUAAAUUCCUUGAUCAAACGAACAUCACGACUGCUUAUGUGAGCGGUAUGAAGGAGGAUCUGGCCCUCAUGGGAAACGAACUGAACUUCUUCACGGUAUAUUUUAACAUCGGGUACUGCAUCAUGCUUAUCCCAUCCCAAAUCAUCAUGACCUACGUGCGUCCUAGCCUGUGGCUCCCAGGACUGGAGAUUGCGUGGGGUGUCAUUACCGGCUUGAUCGCAAUUGUCCAUAACGCCAAACAAAUAUAUGCCUUACGAUUCUUCCUGGGCUUGUUGGAGAGCAGUGCCUGGCCAGGAAUGAUCACGCUACUGAUGUACUGGUACACGCCUUCGGAACUAGCAAAACGAAUGGGCUUUUAUCAUUCUGCCCGGGCUGUGGGUGGUAUGAUGUCUGGCGCGCUGCAAGUGGCAAUCCUAAAGACCCUAGAUGGGAAGAACGGUCUUGAAGGGUGGCGUUGGCUAUUCAUCAUCAACUCUGUCAUGACCGUUGUGCUGGGCUUCUUCGGCUUCGUCAUGCUCCCUGACACGCCCAAUCGUCCCAACCCCUGGGCGAAGUGGUGGUUCACCGCUGACCACGCUCGAAUUUCAAUGGACAGACUCGAUCGACAUGGUCGGGCUGAAGCAAGGAAGAUAACUUGGGCCGCAACAAAACGUGCUAGCCGCAUGUGGAUUACAUAUUACAUUCCAGCCUACUGGGUUGUCAGCGGCAUGAGUGCUGGAGGUUUGAGCUACUUUAGUCUUUUUCUCAAGACCUUGGUCGAUGGCCAAGGCAAUCGGCUCUGGUCCACCACCCAAGUCAAUACUAUUCCUAUCGGAGGCGGUGCUGUCCAGGUCGUUUUCAUCUGGGUUUGGUGCAUUCUGUCUGACCUCCUACAAGUCCGCUGGCAGCUUAUUAUCGCCCAAAGUCUCAUUGGCAUUAUUCCAGCCGUUAUUAUGACUAUAUGGACAAGGCACCCUGAUCAAGUGCCACUUGCCGCCGCCUACGCCAGCUACUUCAUCACCUACGCGGUCCAAGCAUCAGGACUCAUCCUACUUGCAUGGUUCACUGACAUGUACCCUCGAGAUCCAGAGGUUCGAUCUUUAGUUGUCGGUCUCGCAGUCGUCGCCAUCUACGCUGUCGACGCGGGAAGCAACGUCCAUAUCUGGCCGGCUAUCCGAGCCCCAUACUAUACAACUGGUUGGGCUGUUAUGCUCUCGAUGUGGAUUGCCGGUGUUGUUCUCAUCUUGGGACUGUGGCAGCUCGACGUCCGUCUUCUCUUGUGA